UUUUUUUAAAUUUUGACAAGUUCUACAAUUUAUCCUAGACUUGAAUCUCAAUUUUAUAAGGCGUGGGCGUUAUUCUAAAAAUCAUUAAAUCCCAGAAAUACAAAACAAAAAAUAGUUCAGUAAAAAUAAUAUGUUCAAGGGAAAAUAAGAAAAAUAGUAUAUUGAAAUUAUAAAAGUAGAAAUUAAUAUCACAUAAAAUGAACCGGUGGUGUGGAAAAGUUGCUGCAGUAACUGGUGCUUCCGCUGGUAUUGGUGCAGCAAUAGCAAGAUCGUUAGUUCAAAAAGGCAUGAUAGUGGUUGGACUUGCCAGAAGAAAAGAAAAAAUGGAGAAAGAACUGGAAUGUGUAAAAGACAAAGGGACAUUUAUUGCCCGAAAAUUAGACAUUACUGAUGAAUGUGCAAUAAUUCAUACAUUCGAAUGGAUAAAAAAAGAGUUUGGUGGUGUUAAUGUUCUUGUAAAUAAUGCUGGCAUUGCUAUUCCUGGACAAAUACUAGAUGUUGAGACAGCAAUUUGGAAACAAACGAUUGAUGUAAAUGUACUGGGCACUUUACGUUGCACUCGGGAAGCUGUUAAAAUUUUGAAGGAAACUUGCGAAGAAGGCCACAUCAUCAAUAUAAAUAGCGUUUUAGGCCACAGGAUUCCUAGAACUGGUAAUGCAUUCCCCUUGAAUGUUUAUCCAAGUACGAAGUUUGCAAUUACAGCAUUAACGCAAACAUUAGAAGAUGAGCUACGUGGCUCUAGAAUAAAAAUUUCGAGCAUCAGUCCUGGUCUUGUGAAAACGGAAAUAUUCGAUUUUGAUAAAGACGUUUCUGGAUGGCCGUAUCUAGAAUCGGAAGAUAUAGCCGAUGCUGUAGUUUAUGCUUUAGGUACCCACCCACGAGUUCAAUUAUCCGACAUAAUGAUCAGACCCGUGGGAGAAGCCUUCUGAAGAAUUCUUCAAGUAAAAACGUCAUAUUUGUUGUUUGUAUUUACCCAAAAUUUACUCAAAUUAUAAUUGUUAAUAUUUUUAUUAACAAAAUUGUAUAAACUA